AUGCCGUUAAUGUCCAAUUCGGAAAGAGAUAAAUUGGAAAGUACAUUGAGGAGAAGGUUUUUCUACACACCCUCGUUUGAGAUAUAUGGUGGUGUGUCAGGUUUAUUUGAUUUAGGGCCUCCGGGUUGUCAGUUGCAAAAUAACUUGAUUCGACUGUGGCGAGAACAUUUUAUUAUGGAAGAAAACAUGCUUCAGGUUGAUGGGCCAAUGCUAACUCCUUACGAUGUGUUGAAGACUUCUGGGCAUGUAGACAAAUUUACUGAUUGGAUGUGCCGAAAUCCUAAGACUGGGGAAUACUACAGAGCAGACCAUUUGAUUGAACAGACGUUGAAAAAACGGCUGUUGGACAAGGAUGUCAAUCCACAGGAUAUGAAAAAUAUGGAGAAAAUAUUGACCACGAUUGACGGGUUUUCGGGUCCUGAGUUGAAUCUCGUCAUGCAGGAAUAUAACAUUAAUGAUCCAGUCACUAACGAUGUUUUAGACGCACUAACUUCCUUUAAUUUGAUGUUCGAAACUAAAAUUGGAGCCUCAGGACAAUUGAAGGCCUUUCUAAGGCCAGAGACUGCACAAGGACAAUUUCUCAAUUUCAACAAAUUAUUGGAAAUCAACCAAGGGAAAAUUCCGUUUGCUUCAGCUUCCAUUGGUAAGUCAUUCAGAAACGAAAUUUCCCCCAGAAGUGGGCUUUUAAGGGUAAGAGAGUUUUUAAUGGCAGAAAUUGAGCACUUUGUUGAUCCGUUGAAUAAGUCACAUGCAAAAUUCAAUGAAGUGUUAAAUGAGGAGAUUCCACUACUAUCACGCAGAUUACAGGAAAGUGGUGAAGUCCAACUGCCUGUGAAAAUGACUAUAGGAGAGGCAGUGAAUUCUGGAAUGGUAGAAAAUGAAACAUUGGGAUAUUUUAUGGCAAGAGUUCAUCAAUUUUUGUUGAAUAUUGGGAUCAACAAGGACAAAUUCAGAUUUCGCCAGCAUUUGAAGAAUGAAAUGGCACACUAUGCCACAGAUUGUUGGGACGGUGAAAUUUUAACAUCGUAUGGUUGGAUUGAAUGUGUCGGUUGUGCUGACAGGGCGGCUUUUGAUUUAACUGUACACUCCAAGAAAACGGGAAGAAGUCUGACGGUAAAGCAAAAGCUAGAUACACCAAAAGAAAGAACCGAGUGGGUUGUGGAAGUGAAUAAGAAAUUUUUCGGAUCGAAGUUCAAACAGAAAGCAAAAUUAAUCGAAUCUGUUUUGUCAAAAUUUUCCCAGGAUGAAUUGAUUAGGAGGCAUGAAGAACUGGAAAAGAACGGUGAAUUUACCUGUCAAGUAAAUGGCCAGAUCGUAAAACUAGAUAGCAGUUUGGUUACUAUCAAAAUGAAGACAACUUUGCAACAUAUACGAGAGUACAUUCCUAAUGUCAUUGAGCCCUCGUUCGGUUUAGGUCGUAUCAUAUACUGCAUCUUCGACCAUUGUUUCCAAGUUCGAGUGGAUAGUGAGUCAAGAGGCUUCUUCUCUUUUCCAUUACAGAUAGCGCCGAUCAAAGUAUUUGUUACGACAAUAUCGAAUAACGAUGGCUUCCCCGCUAUACUUAAGAGGAUCUCGCAGGCUUUACGUAAAAGAGAGAUAUACUUUAAAAUUGACGAUUCCAAUACUUCAAUUGGUAAAAAAUACGCCCGUAACGAUGAAUUGGGAACACCAUUUGGUAUCACCAUAGAUUUCGAAACUAUAAAAGACCAAACGGUGACGUUAAGAGAAAGAAAUUCUAUGAGGCAAGUAAGAGGCACUAUUACUGAUGUGAUUUCGACCAUUGACAAAAUGCUUCACAACCCUGAUGAAUCGGACUGGGAUAAAUCAACAUUUGGACUGUCGCCUGUUAAGAUAUAA